UGGGUACAAAGCUUCUCAUUCAAGUUAGGAUAUUUUAUGGCUAUAGGCUAUACCAUUCGAUAAAUUCACACAUAACAAAACAAAACAAAAAACAUCUACCCGUUACGUGGACUACGAAGUCGGUUUCAGGGGUUCAGAGGUUGUCAUUACAUGUACAUCACGAAUUUAAUUAAGUGCUGAGCAGAAUUUAUUGACCAGUGACACCAUUUGUGCGCGAGGGAGAGAGAGCAGAGGCCAAAUGAGACUGUGUGCGCGUUUCGUGGUCGUUGUCGCUUUAAGGAAAUGCACUUGCAGCCAUUUUCUGGUCUUUGUGUGGGGUGGAUUAGUGGAGAGGCACUGAGCGAAACGAGAGCAUCAAUUGUAGGACGGCGAGAGAAAAAACGUCCCCGAUCAUCGGUUUUCUCACAGCGGAGUACCCCACUCUCCGUCCGUUGGUUUCCGAACGGACAUGCAAGUUGCAGACUGGGCUGCCUUGUGAGUGAACCCGCGUCGCCAUGACAACCCACGUGACCCUGGAGGAUGCGCUGUCCAACGUGGACCUGCUGGAGGAGCUGCCUCUCCCUGACCAGCAGCCAUGCAUCGAGCCCCCGCCCUCCUCCAUCAUGUACCAGGCCAACUUUGACACCAACUUUGAAGACCGAAAUGCGUUUGUCACCGGGAUCGCCCGCUACAUCGAGCAGGCCACGGUGCACUCCAGCAUGAAUGAGAUGCUGGAAGAGGGGCACGAAUAUGCGGUCAUGCUCUACACCUGGAGGAGCUGCUCCCGAGCCAUUCCUCAGGUGAAGUGCAAUGAGCAGCCCAACCGGGUGGAGAUCUACGAGAAGACGGUGGAGGUGCUGGAACCCGAGGUCACCAAGCUCAUGAAGUUCAUGUACUUCCAGCGGAAAGCCAUCGAGCGCUUCUGCAGCGAGGUGAAGCGGCUGUGCCACGCGGAGCGCAGGAAGGACUUUGUGUCGGAGGCCUACCUGCUCACGCUGGGCAAGUUCAUCAACAUGUUCGCCGUGCUGGACGAGCUCAAGAACAUGAAGUGCAGCGUCAAGAACGACCACUCCGCCUACAAACGAGCCGCUCAGUUCCUCAGAAAAAUGGCCGACCCACAGUCUAUCCAGGAGUCGCAGAAUCUCUCCAUGUUCCUGGCCAAUCAUAACAGGAUCACACAGUGUCUGCAUCAGCAGCUGGAGGUGAUCCCCGGCUACGAGGAGCUGCUGGCCGACAUCGUCAACAUCUGCGUGGACUACUACGAGAACAAGAUGUACCUAACGCCCAGCGAGAAACACAUGCUGCUAAAGGUCAUGGGGUUUGGCCUUUACCUGAUGGAUGGAAAUGUCAGUAACAUCUACAAACUAGAUGCCAAGAAGAGGAUAAACCUUGGCAAAAUCGACAAGUUCUUUAAGGUGGUACCCCUGUUCGGCGACAUGCAGAUCGAACUGUCACGCUACAUUGAAACCAGUGCCCACUACGAGGAGAACAAGUCCAAGUGGACGUGCACCCAGAGUGGCAUCAGCCCUCAGUACAACCUGUGCGAGCAGAUGGGCCAGAUCCGCGACGACCACAUCCGCUUCAUCUCGGAGCUGGCGCGCUACAGCAACAGCGAGGUGGUGACGGGCUCGGGCCUGGACAGCCAGAAGUCGGACGAGGAGUACCGCGAGCUCUUCGACCUGGCGCUGCGCGGCCUGCAGCUGCUCUCCAAGUGGAGCACGCACGUCAUGGAAGUGUAUUCGUGGAAGCUGGUGCACCCGACGGACAAGUUCUGCAACAAGGACUGCCCCGGCACGGCGGAGGAGUACGAGCGCGCCACGCGCUACAACUACACCAGCGAGGAGAAGUUCGCCAUGGUGGAGGUCAUCGCCAUGAUCAAGGGCCUGCAGGUGCUGAUGGGCCGCAUGGAGAGCGUCUUCAACCAGGCCAUACGCAACACCAUCUACGCCGCCCUGCAGGACUUCGCCCAGAUGACCCUGCGCGAGCCGCUCCGCCAGGCCGUGCGCAAGAAGAAGAACGUACUCAUAAGUGUUCUUCAGGCUAUCCGGAAAACGAUCUGUGACUGGGAGGGGGCGAGGGAGCCGCCCAACGACCCGUGCCUGAGGGGUGAGAAGGACCCCAAAGGAGGCUUUGACAUCAAAGUGCCCCGCAGGGCGGUGGGACCUUCCAGCACACAGCUGUACAUGGUGCGCACCAUGCUGGAGUCCCUGAUUGCAGAUAAGAGCGGCUCCAAGAAGACCCUGAGGAGCAGUCUGGACGGGCCCAUCGUGCAGGCCAUCGAGGACUUCCACAAGCACUCCUUCUUCUACACACACUUGCUCAACUUCAGCGAGGCCCUUCAGCAGUGCUGUGACCUCUCUCAGUUGUGGUUCCGGGAGUUUUUCCUGGAGCUGACGAUGGGCCGGCGUAUCCAGUUCCCCAUCGAGAUGUCCAUGCCCUGGAUACUCACCGACCACAUCCUGGAGACCAAGGAGCCUUCCAUGAUGGAGUAUGUUCUCUAUCCUCUGGACCUGUAUAACGACAGUGGCUACUAUGCCCUCACCAAGUUCAAGAAGCAGUUUCUGUACGAUGAGAUUGAGGCUGAGGUGAAUCUGUGUUUCGACCAGUUUGUUUACAAGUUGGCAGAUCAGAUAUUUGCUUAUUACAAGGCAAUGGCUGGGAGUGUUCUCCUGGACAAGCGCUUCAGGGCGGAGUGUAAGAACUAUGGCGUGAUCAUUCCCUACCCUCCCUCCAACCGCUAUGAGACACUGCUGAAGCAAAGACACGUACAGCUGCUGGGUCGCUCCAUCGACCUGAACAGGCUGAUCACGCAGCGCAUCUCAGCGGCCAUGUACAAGUCUCUGGACCACGCCAUCAGCCGCUUCGAGAGCGAGGACCUCACCUCCAUUGUGGAGCUGGACUGGUUACUGGAGGUGAACCGCCUGACCCACCGGUUGCUGUGCAAGCACAUGACGCUGGACAGCUUCGACGCCAUGUUCCGCGAGGCCAACCACAACGUGUCCGCUCCGUACGGUCGCAUCACGCUGCACGUCUUCUGGGAGCUCAACUUCGACUUCCUCCCCAACUACUGCUACAACGGCUCCACUAACCGGUUUGUGCGGACAGCCAUUCCCUUUACACAGGAGCCUCAGAGGGACAAACCGGCCAACGUCCAGCCUUACUACCUGUACGGCUCCAAACCGCUGAACAUCGCCUACUCCCACAUCUACAGCUCGUACAGGAACUUUGUGGGGCCGCCGCACUUCAAGACAAUCUGCCGUCUCCUUGGUUACCAGGGCAUUGCCGUGGUGAUGGAGGAGCUGCUCAAGAUCGUCAAAAGCUUGCUGCAGGGCACCAUCCUCCAGUACGUUAAGACGCUGAUCGAGGUGAUGCCCAAGAUCUGCCGCCUGCCACGUCACGAGUAUGGCUCCCCAGGCAUCUUGGAGUUCUUCCACCACCAGCUGAAGGACAUCAUCGAGUACGCCGAGCUGAAGACGGACGUCUUCCAGAGUCUGAGGGAGGUGGGCAACGCCAUCCUCUUCUGCCUCCUCAUCGAGCAGGCUCUGGUGUCACAGGAAGAAGUGUGCGACCUCCUUCACGCUGCGCCAUUCCAGAACAUUCUCCCCAGAGUCUACAUCAAAGAGGGCGAGCGGUUGGAGGUGCGGAUGAAGAGGUUGGAGGCGAAGUACGCCCCUCUCCACCUGGUCCCUCUGAUAGAGAGACUGGGAACCCCACAGCAAAUCGCCAUCGCGCGCGAGGGUGACCUGCUGACCAAGGAGCGCCUGUGCUGCGGGCUGUCCAUGUUCGAGGUGAUCCUGACGCGCAUCCGCAGCUUCCUGCAGGACCCGGUGUGGCGCGGGCCGCCGCCCACCAACGGCGUCAUGCACGUGGACGAGUGCAUGGAGUUCCACCGCCUCUGGAGCGCCAUGCAGUUCGUCUACUGCAUCCCCGUGGGAACGCACGAGUUCACCGCAGAGCAGUGCUUUGGUGAUGGGUUGAACUGGGCCGGCUGUGCCAUCAUCGUGUUGCUGGGACAACAGCGCCGCUUUGACCUCUUCGACUUCUGCUACCAUCUGCUGAAAGUCCAGCGGCAAGAUGGCAAAGACGAAAUCAUCAAGAAUGUGCCCUUGAAGAAAAUGGCUGACCGCAUCAGGAAGUACCAGAUCCUCAACAACGAGAUCUUCGCCAUCCUCAACAAGUACAUGAAGGCCGUCGAAACGGACAGUUCCACGGUAGAGCAUGUGCGCUGUUUCCAGCCUCCCAUCCAUCAGUCUCUGGCCACCACGUGUUGAAAGUGACCCACGACGGCCACCCUGCCCCCCCCCCCCCCCCCCUGCUCCUGCGCCCACCCCCUACCAUCUCCUCUCCCCGGAACCCAUUACAGCUCACCAAAUCACCACACACAUACAGUACACACAUGUAUUCAUACACACCCAACACACACAUCCAUCGUGAGUUCUGAAACCAUGGACCCCCCCCUGAUGUACGGAAGUUCCAGAUGGACUCUUUACCUCCAGACUCUUGAUGGCACUCGAGGGCCAGUAGCCUUGCUGUGCUCUUUCUCUCUCUCUCUUUCUCUUUCUCUCUGUCUCUCUCUUUCUCUCUAUCUCUCUCUAGCCUUUUCAGUUUUAACACUCAACACUCUUCGCAGUCCCCAGCUGAAAGAUCACAGCACACCUUAAAAGGUGUGGAGCGGAACUAGAGGUGGAAAGGAUCCACUAGAUUUCUUUUUUGAUCAGCCCGGGCCCAAAACAUAACUAUAAAGGCAACAAACAAACAAACAAACAGACAAACAAAGAGAAGACAUAAAAAGGGAUAGCUGAUACAGCAUGAGAACUGUGAAAGGUUUUGACAGAUUUCUGUCUACAAAGAUAAGAGAGAACUACUUAAAAAUAUGUUAUUCAGAGUAAAAUUUCUUAAUUUUAAAUUCAUGUCAUAUAACCAUUGAGUCUUUGGUGACUGAGAAGAAAGGUAUACGUCAUAGAUUUGCUUACUUUUUUAACGAUCUAAUGUCACCCUGUAAAAUCAUUCAGUAAAGCAGAGAAAUCCAAAUCACCUUGUGUUGCCCAUUCACCCUUUAAAAUGAUAUUUUAUUUCUUCACUUUUUACUCAGCCCAGGUCAGGGCAAUACAUUUGUCGUGUAAAAAAAAAAAUAUAUAGAAUUUUUGGUUUCAUAAUUUGGACACAAAGAAUUAAUCUCAAUGUCUGUAUGUAUGAACCCCUUCGCCGAGCCCCCUCACUGUGGAGUGUAUGAAAAGAAAACAAACAAAAAAAGAUAACAGCUUUCUGAAUUAUUGUAUUUAUUUGACCUUUAUCCUUUUUAGGCUUCUGUGCCAUUUUAUUAAUGCCUGUGUUCCACUGUAAAAAAAAAGAUUUGGAGUUUGACUAAACAAGGUACUGAGUGUAGUAAUUGUUAUUUGUUUUUAAUUAUCAUCUCAUGAUCUGAACCUUCAGCAUACUUGCCUUUACUAAUAUUUGAAAAUCAUGAUCUGAUUUUUUGAAUUGAGCCCAUCACCAGUUUGUUUGAAUGGUUUACACAUUUAUUUUUUCCGCGCGCACAUAUACCUACCAUGAAGAGAGCAGUGCUGAUGCUAAGCUGCACAGGGCAGUUCUAUGUGACCGACCCAUAGGAAAGUCUUCUGAUAUACCUCUUGUGGUGCUGCCAGACCAGGGUCUCUAACAUGUUCCCUUGUUAGCAGAGUGAACAGCAUGGUCAUUGCCUAUGGACUGCAGGUAGGGCAGAGCAUAGAAACAGUAAUUUUAGCAAAAUUACUUGGAAGAGAUGAGAGAAGUCAAACGGAUUUUUGAAGCUAAUACACAAAUGUCCUCUCUUUCACAGAUGAAGGAAAAUUAGAGGAGAGAGAAGGAUUUAGUAAAUGUGUGUUCAGUAUUCACUAUUUCGAUCUCUUCGAUUUAGCAGUGUUAAAAAAUGAAUGCAAUUUGUCUCUCUCUUCUCAUUUUAUAUUCAUAUAAAAGAAACAUUUAAGAGACUGUCUGGUAUGGCAGCUGUUACUGUAAAUUGAUAUGAGUUCACUCACUCAUCCACUGUUAUAACUUUUUUUUUGACUUUGUUCUACUGUUUUUAUUUGGGUACAGUAUUUGUUUUGAGUAAUUGGUCCUUUUACAGUACUAUAUUUAUGCAUACAGUACACUCUCUACUGUUCCUUGAAGGGGUGAAUCUGUUGAUAUAAAAGUAAUAAAUAAAUGAAGUGAAAAUUGAUGAAGCUUUGUUUUCAGAAAAAAACCUUAGCAUGACCAGUGUAAUUUAUUGUCAUCAUGAGACUCUUUGUGAAAUGAGGUUUUGUUCAUGAUGUUGUUGUACGAGUGAUCAUGUUUUGAAAUACAAAAAACCGUGAAGAAAAUAAUGAAAUUGUACAACAAAUGGUCCUGCAAAGGAAGUGAAAUUGUUGUAUUUCCAUGAAAUAAAAAGAUCUA